CAGCAUUGACAUUUGACUACAUUCUGAACAAAAUUGAAAAGAGAAUUGAAAAACAUUCUAACUUCCGGGAAUGCAUUGAGCCAAGGGAAAGAUUGUCUAUAACUCUAAGGCAGAUACUUGUCAACUGGAAUGCCAUUUCGUUCAUUGGCAUUUUUAUUCAGAAUGGCACACACGACUAUAAGAAAAAUAGUCUAUGAAGUAUGUCAAGCUAUAUGGGAGGAAAUGAAUCAGGAACACAUGCCAUAUCCAACAGUUGAAAGACAUCUCUCAAUAGCUAAUGAUUUCUUCUUGAAAUGGAAUUUUCCAAAUUGUAUUGGUUGUAUUGAUGGUAAACACAUAAGAAUCCGUUGUCCACCGAAUUCGGGCUCCAUGUUUUGGAAUUACAAACAUUUCUAUUCCAUUGUGCUUCAAGCAGUAUCUGACGCUAAUGGAAGAUUUCUGUAUAUUGACGUUGGCAGUUACGGCAAACAGAGCGAUGGAGGAAUCUUUUCAGCUAGUUCUUUAAUGUAUCACUUGGAAAAUGCAAGCUUUAAUGUUCCACAUAAGAGAAAGAUUCCGGGCACAGACGUGCUUGCUCCACUUGUCCUGUUAGGUGAUGAAGCUUACCCUCUAAAAGUCUAUUUAAUGAGGCCAUAUUCUGGUAGAGGGCUGGAUGAACAAAGAGAAGUUUGCAAUUAUCGAUUAUCACGAGCACGAAUUUUUGAAUGUGCUUUCGGAAUUUUAUGUGCUAAAUGGAGGAUUCUCAAAAAGAAAUUGAAUGUCACCCAGAUAAAGCUGAAGUUAUUGUAAAAACUACAUGCCUUCUUCACAACACAAUCAUCGAUAGAGAAGGAUUUAGCAGCGAGAUCAAUAUUCAAAGAAAUACUCCUGCAACUGAGAUUAAUAAUCUUCCUCCUUCAAGAAGAAACAACCAUUCUACAGAUGCAGCUUGCAAUACACGGG